GUCUCUCCAUCUUUAGACCUAUCCUUUUUCUUUUCUUUUUUUAUGACUUCUUUCUUUCUUUCUUUUUUUCCUUUCUGACAUUUUAAUCACUCUCUUCGAUUCUUGAUUUCGAGAAACUAAAAAGUAGAAAUCCUUGUACCAUCAAAAUGCCUGCAACAGAGUACCAACCUUCGUUUCUUGGCAGAAUUAGCAUCCGCCGGAAUCAGGUUAUCUCCAUGGACGGCAAUCAUGAGCAAGAACUAGAAGACCUUGAACUUUUCCAGAGGCACGUAUCUGAUCGUUUUUCAGAUUUAAUUUCUCCACCAGAAGAUGUUGCUUAUAGCGAGCCUCUGCUAUCCAUUUCUUGGUUGAGAAAACUUGUUGAUGUUUUCUUGUGCUGUGAAGCUGAAUUCAAGGCUGUUUUAAUCAUGGGUCGCGACCCAUCCCAGAUUACUAAACCACCACUCGAUCGUUUAAUUCCUGAGCUAUUAGAACGUGCUGUUAAAGCUCUGGAUAUCUGUAAUGCUGUUUCUAGCGGUCUUGAUUCUGUUCGUCAAUGUCAAAAAUUUGCUGAAAUUGCUGUUUCUGCUUUCGAACAGAAACCAUUGGGUGAUGGUCAAGUUAAGCGAGCAAGAAAGGCUUUGAGUUCUUUGCUGGCUGCUAUGACGUUUGAUGAUAAAGAAAACAACCAUUUUAAGGGGACUGAAAGAACAUGGUCUUUUGGUAGAAGAGGAAAUAGCAAUUCGAGUAAAGAACGAGUUGCUGGGAAUUUUAGGUCUUUGUCAAUGAUUGUCGCCAAAAAUUGGUCCGCUUCGAAACAGAUUCAAGCUAUGUGUUCUAAUCUUGUGGCACCUCGUGGUGGAGAACCAACAGGACUGGCUUCACCUGUUUACGUGAUGAGUUCGGUUAUGGUUUUUGUUAUGUGGGCUCUAGUGGCAGCAGUGCCAUGUCAAGAAAGGAGUGGAUUGGCGACACAUUUUCCUAUUCCGCGACAAUUGGCAUGGGCACAUAGUAUGAUUGGGUUGCAAGAAAAGAUUGGUGAGGAGUGGAAAAAGAAAGAGAAAAAAGGGUCUGCUGGGUUGCUUGAAGAGAUGCAGAGGAUGGAGAAAUUGAGUCAGAGUUUGAUUGAAUUUGCUGAUGGGUUUCAGUUUCCUGUGGAGACUGAGAAGAUGGAGGAAAUGACCGCUCAGGUGGCGGAGAUGGCGGAGAUAUGCCGGAGAAUGGAAGAAGGGCUGGUGCCUUUGCAGAUGCAAAUUAGAGAAGUGUUUCAUAGGAUUGUCAGGAGCAGAACUGAGGUUCUUGAAUUGUUGGAUCAUGCUGGCAAAGUUUCUCAACCUAUAAUAUAAACUGAGGUUAGGAAAUCAUAUAUAACAUUUGCUAAAUUGCUCUAAUUUUUGUGCAAAGUAGUAAUCUUGAAUCUUGAGAUUUUGGGGGGUUCGAAAUUGUUCAUUGGUAUGUGAACAUGUAAAUGCUGAACCUAAAAGACGUGGAUCUCCAUACAGAGUUUUUUCUUUUCUUUUCUUUUAUUUUCCUCUUUGAUGUUUAAUAGAUAUAUUGCUUCAACCAACAAGCUUUUGUGGCAAAUGAUGCAUUUCUAGACGUGAAAUGUACUCUAUUCUUCUUCUUCUUCUUUCCUUUGUUUUGCUGUUUUUUCAUGACCUAGGUUCCUAUCUUGUAUAGUGUGCAUAAUCUUUUUGUUCAAGAGAAAUGUAAACACCUAAUUGUGGUCCUUUUGUACUUUAAAGGGAUUGUCAGAGUUUUUUUUUUAUUUGUUUUUGCUCUGAAUUUGAAUGUAGUUAUCUUAUAUUGAAUGAAGGAAUUGAGUUUUCUUAGGCUA